AUGACACCACAUCUGUAUCCUAGAAUUGAUUUAGUUGAAGAAGUAUCGUGCACAGCAGAUGCGAUAAACGUAGUUAUGAACAAAUCAGAUCCAGAUAUACAAAAAUGGAUGACGAAUCCGAGGGCUCAACCUGUUGUCUAUGUCCAGGAGCAUAAAGAUCGUGCUCCUUGUGGUACAGCGAUGAAAAAGGGCAAUUUAGUCAAUUAUAACUUCACAAUACCAUAUGGGAAACACUGCGAUGUUAUUUUAACUGACUUGGAACCAAAUUAUCGCAAUGCUGAGACUACGAUUGCACUCGAAGACAAUGCCGACUUAAGCCCAUCAAAAAUAAUUCGAGUCAAUCAUGUUUUUUGUCUCUAUACAAGAAGCGUACGAACCAUCCGAUUUAAUGACAUUUCUAGUGGUCAUCAAGUGGUUGCUUCAAUCGGUGGCAAGCCCAAACCAAAAGUGGACAUGAUAUUUAGAAGUAUCGAUGGACGACCUCUGCGUGCCGCUAAAUUCGGAGAUAUUGUCGAAUUUUAUGUUGCGUUAUCACCAGACAAAGCUUAUCAUGGAAUCAGUCCGAAGGAAUGCAUGUUUUCUGAUCGUGAAGAUAUGUCUGCACCAGAAGCUAGGCAUUUAACAUUCGUUCAGAGCAACUGUCCUGUAAAUGAAAUGAGUGAAAUAAUUGAUCCCCUAUCUAAUGUUAAUGAAGAAGUAUAUUUUUCGAAAUUCAAAACAUUUCGUUUUGGGAAUCAAUCAACAGUAUUCGCACAUUGUACCGUACAAGUCUGUUUAACAAGUGAGGAAUGUAUGCAGAAAUGCUUUAAACGUGUAUCAAAUUCAAAUUUAACAGCAGAACGACUCCGCUUCCGGCAUAGAAGAUCACAGGACACUGUAUUAUUUGAUAAGAAUGAUCUCGUUAAUGAAGUCGCCAUUACUAAGCCUUUAACAAUUUUGGAUGAUUCAGAAACUAUUGAAGUUAAUGGAAGAUCGAUCGAACAGUGCGCAAUACAGAAAUCAUCGAUUCCUAAAUCCAUAUUUUUUCUUAUCAUUGGUUUGUCCACAGCGUUGUUUAUAUUCAUGGCAGCGCUCUGUUUAAUUAUGCGCAAUAUCUGGUUGAACAAAAAGAAGGACAAAAGUUAUGAUUUAUUCAGGUCCAUAAACUCAUUGAACAAAAUUUUAAAAAAAUUUCUCUUCGUAUAG